AUGUCAUUCAAUCCUUUCGCCGCACCAGCAUGUUCAUCGCUUCCUGCGCCAGAUCUCUUCGGAGUCAUGAUCCUCCCUUUCAAGACUGACCAAGUCACUAAUUACACUCUCGUCAUCUUGAUGGGUCUAUACAUGAAUGAUGGAGCUGUCGAAAUUCAAGCAGCUAGCUUUUGCAACUUCUAUAUAGUUAUACUCAUCCCGGUCUUAAUGAUACAGUCAAUGUACAAGUCUACUUGCCAUCUACAGAAUGGAACUGUCGGAUGCAAGCCAUUGGAGUAUUGGAACGGCUGCUAUCAAAGCGGCCGUCAAGGUAUGAUGCUUGCUCAAAGGUUUCCUGAGGCUUUUGACGAAAUCGCAGCUUCUGCACCGGCCAUUAAUCGGAGUGGUAUAUUUAUGCAAGCAAUUACCGUAGCAGCUAUUACAGCUUGUGAUGCUAACGACGGCCUUGCUGAUGAAAUCGUCGCAGAUCCUGAUUUCUGUGGUUUUGAUCCUACUACUCUAGUUGGCACCACCAUAAACUGCACUGAAAUCGGUGAAAACUUUACGGUAUCUUCUGGAGCUGCUUAUCUUACUCAGACUAGGUGGGAUGGUCCUAGAAAGUCGGACAAUAGUUCUCUUUAUUUUGGUCAAAAACUAGGCAUCAACAACGGAACUCGUACGGCAGAUCCACUAUCUCUUCUACUUCCGUGGAUAGCGAAGUUUGUUCGCAUAGACGACAACACCGAUACCUCAAGUAUAACACGCCAGGAAUCUGUUCAGCUUUAUCAUUCUUCCAUCAAUGAGUGGUCUUCUAUCAUAAACACCAACGACCCAGACCUUUCACGAUUUCUUGCCCGUGGGAGAAAACUUCCCACUUACCAUGGACUGGCUGAUGAUAUUACCCCUCCUAACUCAACCACGAGCUAUCACGAUUCCGUUACCGCGCUCGACCCAAACCUACACGAUUUCUAUAGAGCGUUAAUGGGCUCCAGGUAUCGCUCACGGCUUUGGCGGACCUGGUACUUCCACAGCUGA